AAACCGAUGCAGGCGCCGGCCCCGGUUCAGAUCAUCCAGAACAUCGUGCCGCACCUCGGCACGCAGGCGACGUCGCUCGAGAAGGUGCUGCGAACGCUCUGCGCCAAGAUCGAGACGCUCGAGUCGUACAUCAACGCCAUGUCGAAUGGCGUCACGGAGAUGGACCAGCGCCUCCGCACGAUCGCCCACAACAUUGAAGGCUCGACAGAAGACACCUUUGACGCAGGCAGCGUCAUCCACUUCCCGCUCGAACGCAAGCUCAGCGAACGCGCGUCUUCGAACGUCGUCGACAACAUUUUCAAAAAGUUUGGCGCCGGUACCAAGGUGCGGCACCAUCGACAUCGCCACCACGCCAAGUUUGUCGUCGAUGACGCGGUGAUCCCAGACAUGAGCGGGUCACGCAAGUCAGCGCCCGCGGUGGAGCCGCCACGUACGAUUCUCGAAGAGGCUCGACGCAGAACGUCGUCAUCGAGCGUCGAUGCGGCUGCACUCAAUACGGAACCCCCGGCCGCUGCGCCUGAAAUCGCAACACCAGCAGCGGUUGUGUCACAGACGGCUUUAGAAGGGACGCCUCAAGUGCCAUCAAAUGCCCCCCCUGAAGUAGCCUCCAAUGCCCCCGCUCAAGUGCCGUCGGAGCCCCACCCUCAAGCAGCCCCGAAAGACACGCCACAAGUCACGCCGCAAAACCCCUCGGACAUGGUGUCUCAAGUGGUGGCGCCGACAGACGCGCCAGUAGUCGACGCUACGUUGGGACCCAGCCUCGUCGAAGGUGACGACACCCAAGCAGCGGUGGUUGCAACGGAUGCUGUCAACGCUCAGUUGACCGAGGAGAUGCCCGUGGAUGAUCGCACAGCGCCGUCUGCUCUCGAAGACAAUGCACCCGCGGCGCCAACGACUGCGCCUCUCACUAAUCCACCGCCCCCCGCACUGGACGAAGCUGCCAUGGCGACCGACCCUUCGAGCGUUCUGGAGAGCGAUGUUCCGCGACUCGAGAGCGCCGUUGCGGCACCUCACCCACGGGUGGAUCCCAGCGAAGUAGAGUCCCCGCUGUCGGUCGCAUUUCCACUGCAGCGGUCGCAGACGGUGCCCCCCAUGCACAUGGAUGCGCAGUUGACGGUGGGCCUUGUGCUUGUGCGCACUCACUCGGCACCCAAGGUGGCGCAUAUCAAAGCAGCACCCGUUCUCAGUGUCAAAUUCAAUACGACCCCGCAGACGACACCGUCGCCAGCACCGGUGCCGGCCACUGUCACGUCACCAAAAGGGGGUAGCACCACCACCGGGGGUCUCCCCCGGGUGCGGUCCAAGCAAGGAUCGAUGCGACGCCUCCCAUCGUCCAAGCGCAACACGGUUGAGGUCGCGCCACGCAACGAUCCGCCCCUCCAACCGAUCGACCCCAAGAGCGAAGAGAGCGGCAGCGAUAGCUACAGCGACGAUGACGUUGAUGUCGUCUACAAUGCAACGCCACCGUCGACAACUGACGCCUUGUCGCGCGAGGAGAUUGCACGUCGCAAGGCGCUCGGUCAGGCCGCGUGGGAGAAGCUGCGCAAGAAGCAAUUCCUUCUGACGAAAGUCAAGGGGAACAUUCUGACGACCAAGAAGAAGGACGUCUUUACGGUCGCGCGACGGCUUGAGAUGCUCGAGAAACACUCCAAGGAACUCUUUGCAGGUUCCAAGCAGUUUACUCUCGAGUUUCAGAACACCAUUGCCGAUCUCACGACGCGUGUGCGGUCCGAACUCGCUGCCAAAGCCGACGCCACGUCCCUUCUCUUCUUGAAUCAGCUCCAGAACGACGCCGAGCGCUCGAUACGCAGUCUCAUGGACGAUAUUGCAAGUCUCAAAACGACCAAAGCCGAUCUUUCCGCGGUCGAGGCCAAAGAGAGGCGCACCAAAGACGCCAUCGACAAACUCACAAAAGACCUCGAGUCGCUCCAACGCAAGCUUGGUGUGAUGAGCGUGAGCUACGGCACCGAGUUUGCGUCGCUUGAGGCGCGGCAGACUACGUUGGAAGAAGCCAUUUUGCACCACAAGGCCAAGGAAGAUGGCAUCUGCAUCGCACGUUGCUUGUCGUGCCACAAAGAAGUGACCGAGAACCCGGCCGAGAAGAGCGACGACGAGGACGCUACCGCCGACGACCCUGGUCUUCUCAAGAAAAUCAAUCCGAGCGUCUAUCGAAGUAAUGUGCCGCUGCAUGCGACGCUGCAGCACCUCGAGACGGCGACGACAGAGGCGCCCGCGUCCCCUGGCCCCUUUCGGCCACUCAACUUGGUGGCGGGCAAGAAGGUGCUCAAGGCACGACCUGGCACCGCCCCGAUCCGUGCCAAAGGAAACAAAAAGCCCGAUACGUGAAAUCUACGAAAUCGA